UCCAGGGGGAGUGGCCAUGAUCACAUGGGUCUAUCAAACCUGUGAGCAGCUGAUCGUGACAUCACUCGUCAACAUGGCGGACUGGAACCGAGGUCAUGGCUCUGUGGACGACAUGUUGGAUGCUGAAAACAAACGGCUGGCUGAGAACCUGGCCACCAAAGUCUCCAGACUGAAAUCUCUGGCGUACGACAUCGACAGAGAGGCUGAUGAUCAGAAUGAGUAUCUGGACAACAUGGACUCAAACUUCCUGAGUGCCACAGGCCUUCUGAGCGGCAGCGUGAAACGUUUCUCCACCAUGGUCCGAUCCGGCAGAGAUAACCGCCGCAUCCUUUGCUAUGUCUCUGUGGGCCUGGUCUUGCUCUUCUUCCUGCUUUACUACAUGGUCUCCAGGAUUCAACGCUGACUGGAAAAGCGGAUCACCAAGGAGCUGGACCUGAUGUGGAGCUCAGGCUGUAGACUCUGACAUUAUAAUCAUCUCUGUGAUUCUCCUGCACAGGAGACGACUUUUUAUUCUGCACCAAAGUGAGGAAACAAACAGGAAGAAAAAAACAUUUUGUUGAAUUGUUGAACUGGGCAGCGGGGAGUGUCGGCCAGCAGGGGAAAUGGUAGUGGGUGUUGUCUUACCAAAGAUGCUGGUGUUAAUAACAAAAAAUGCCUGGACUUCCACACUUUACUUUCCACUUGCCGCCAACUUUGUACCUUCCUGUGAUGUGGUCCUACCGUCCCAAUAUGGUCAAAGAGAAGGUGGGGCCUGAAUACGGCUCAGGUGGGAGUGUAGCCCACCACAGUUAAGUGUGAUAGGCUUAUGAACCUGUCAAGACAAAUCUGCCCCACAACAUGCUUUCAUUACAGUGUACACAGUGGCUGUGUCUUAGUUCCAGACUGCACAAUACUUUAUUUAAAGAAAGUGUUGAGUUGUAGCUUGUCUGUUCAAACUGCAGAAGUGAAAUACUCCAAAAUAUAUUCUACAGACUAAAGAAAUCGAGAGAGAAAAUUGAGAGUGCUGUUUUAUGUACGCUCGCAUAUCAGUGCACAAAGGAAAUGAAGGAACGACUCAGAGCUGCAGAAACUCAAAUUGAGUUUGAUGGCAACAUAGCUACAGAAAUGUUGAGGUGAAAAAUAUUAAACCACCGUAAAACAUUGUAUGAAUAAAUGAAUUGUAAUUGGCAGGGUUAUUCCAAGAUGAAAGUUUGAUUGACAUAGAGGUACAUAUUUUAUUAUUUUCCCUCAGUAUGAAACAGAAGUUUAAAAAAAAAAGAUGUUUAGUAUACAAAUAGCAAAAACACUAUUAUAUGACAGUUAAUAUAUUAUAGGCACUGUCUGCCAAUUUGUAUGUAGUGUGGAAUUUGGACCAUUUGGACACAGCAGGUGACAAUCUGCUGGUGCGAGCAGGAAGUGACGUGACCACUGGCUGUUUGCUGGUAUUCAGUGUGCCAGGUGAUAUCACUGUGACUUUAAGGAUUGUCAACCAACUGUUUGAUCUUCCUGCCCUUUUUUUUUUUUUUUUAACAUCUGUAUAUGUUAACAAAAGUUUGUGUUAGCAUGUAGCUUCUGUAAAUGUCUAAUGAAUCUUUAUUAACAUUGCAGUUCAUUGACAGGAGAUACACACACCAAAUAUUGUAACAUGUGAUUUUAUUCUCCUGUCCUCUUUUAAUAAUCCAUCUUAAAUGUUUGGACCUGUUCUGUUUGUGGUUUACAUAGGGCUGUUUUGUAUCAUAACAUUUUGUAUUUUUUAUUCCACAUCCAGUCGGUCUGCUCAGCAAAUCACAGGUGAGACCGGAGGAGAUUAAAGAGGGUUCAAAAGAGUUUCCUUUCUCUAUGGGUUUACAUUCCAGCUGUCUGGACUGUUAAUCAGCCACAGCCAACAUUUAAUACUAUUCUUAAUACACAUGUAAUACAUGGUUUUAAUUGUGGAACUUGUUGGGGAGAAUUGCUCCUUUUUUACAUGGUAUAUAUAGUUUCAGGGCAUUAUGUGAGGUAUGGUAGAAAUAAUUUAUGACUGGCACUUUUACAGUCUUCAGUAAAAGAGGUGUAUAUUUUUAUUUUUAUAAUCAUAGUAUGACUUUGAGAAAAUUAUAAAGAUUUUAUUUUGAUAACAUAUGAGAAUAAAUUAUAAUUCAAUAAAAGCCCCAACAGGACAGAUUUCAAUAUCACAUCAGUGUCAUUUUAAAUGAAACUGUUAAUUGUCCAUAUUACCCACAUAUUGUUGUACCUUAGACACAGGGCUGUAUUUCAGAAAUACUGAAUGUACCCAUGUCUCCCUUCAAAUCUUAUUAUAAUUUAGAUUUUUUUUUAACGGUUAUAGUUGUGUGCAUUUGAUUUCCCAACAUAAAGCUCUAAAUGCUGUUUCUAACCAGGAUUGAUUGGAAAGUAUAGUAUCUUAAACUUUGUCUUAAAGUAUAAUGAAAGAUUAAAAACAUAUAUGGAAUUGCA